GUAACAAAGAGCCUGAAAUUUUCCCCCCUUUUUUACUUGGAGAUUUUUUUGUUUUAAAACAUAUCAGAGCUACUUUUUCGAGCACGUAUAUAUUCUCUUUGCUUUUCCAUUGAAGUUUAAACGAGGUACAAAAUAAACACUGCCCGAAAACUAGUGCAAAAUAUAAAAUCUACAAAAAAUGACACAUUAAAUUUGUCACUAAGUUUUUAUACAUUUUUUAUAGUAUUUUGAAGCAGAAAUAUUUAACAUGGACGUAAUGGGAUACAAUAUUUUACAAGAGGAGUCAUUACCAGGCUUCCUAAAAGGGAGACCCCAGGUGGCUAUGUGCCUGGCGUGCGCCUGCGGGCUGCUCAUGAUCACCGCGCUGUCGAUCACCAUCGGCAUCUUCAUCGGGUACACCUACUGCUACAUCGAACACAAGUCUGGCGUUAUAAACGGUGAAUGGGCCAUUUCUUCAAUCAAAAACUAUAAACACACAGCAAAUGUCACACGCACCAACGUAAAAAUCAUCCCGAUGCACUCGUUCGAGUAUCACGAUAACAAAACCACGACGGUCAACGAUGCCAUCCUGAACAACUACUUCAUCUCCAAACUCCUGAGGGUCAGCGGUCUGCGAGCGGCACCAGCUAUAUCCUGGUCAGAACAGACAGAAAAAAAGCUUAUUGAGACCACUGCCUGAAUGUAGGUAACAUUUCAAAUACAACCAGUCUGUGAUUGGUUGUUUUGGUUGUACCGUACCUAAUACCUAGUUAUGGAUUUGAACUGUUUAAGUAGCAGCACUGCAAGGUAUGUAAUGAAUGUGGUGUUUAUAAAUUUGUUGGCCUGUUAAUCGUUGUUAGUUAUUUUUAUAUGUAAGAAAGAAAGAAAUAAAAAUCAUUUAUUUAACGCCACAACACAGUAAUAGUAUAAAAAAGAAAGACAUCAUGCAGACAUGAAAACCUUUGGAUGCUAAAA